GCGCCUCGCCGAGCAGAUCCAUCCCCUUCCCUUCUCCUCUCACUCCCACUUCCUGCUGCGCCUCGCCGUGCACGCGUCGCCGGCGUCGUCCGAGCUUCUCCCCGCCGGGAAAGCCGCCGAGGGUCGCCGCAGGCCGCAAUUGAGCGGCAGAUCCAUCCUGCUAGCGCUAGCUAGGUCCACAUCGACGACGCUGAGGAAAUAGAUAAUCCACUCUUCACCUGCUGCCACGCCGCGGCCGGAUCCAUGCUUUGAGGGUUCAGAUCCACGACGCGGAGAAGAAGAAACAAUCCACUGUUCACCGUCAGUGUACCAAGCGAGCUGCCUCUGAGUUGCACCACAUUCAGCUUGUCGAUUUGCAGCUUCCUAUUUACUAUCAGUGCAUUCAGCAAACUGUCCUCCACGCACAGCUGACUGGCCGAGCUCUGAGCUUGCAUGGCCAUGGAGGCGGCUCUUGUCAGCGUGGCGACGGGGGUCCUCAAACCCGUCAUAGGAAAGCUGACCGUUCUGCUCGGCAAUGAGUACAAGCGUUUCAAGACAGUUCGCAAGGAGAUCAAGUCACUCACUAAUGAGCUUGCCGCCAUGGAGGCUUUUCUUCUGAAGAUGUCAGAGGAGGAGGAUCCCGAUGUGCAGGAUAAAGUUUGGAUGAAUGAGGUGCGGGAACUGUCCUAUGACCUGGAGGACGCCAUCGACGACUUCAUGCAUAGCGUCGGUGACAAAGAUGAAAAGCCAGAUGGUUUCAUUGAAAAGAUCAAAAAUUCACUAGGGAAGUUGGGGAAGAUGAAGGCUCACCAUCGGAUUGGCAAGGAGAUCCAAGAUCUGAAGAAACAAAUCAAAGAGGUGGGUGACAGGAAUGCAAGGUACAAGGGUCGUCAAACCUUCUCUAGCACCAAAAAUGAAGUUGUAGACCCUAGAAUUCUUGCUAGAUUCGAGCAUGCAUCAAAACUCGUUGGAAUUGAUGAAACCAAAGCCGAGAUAAUCAAGCUAUUAGGCGAAGAAAAUGGACAAGUGCCAAGGCAACAACAACUGAAGAUAGUCUCCAUUGUUGGAUUUGGAGGAAUGGGGAAGACAACUCUUGCAAACCAAGUGUAUCAAGACCUCAAAGGGGAAUUCCAGUAUCGAGCUUUCAUAUCGGUGUCACGAAAUCCAGACUUGAUGAAAAUCCUCAGAACUAUCCUUAGUGAAAUUACCGGUAUAAGCUAUCCUGGCACCGAAGCAGGGUGCAUAGAACAACUCAUCGACAAGAUCAAAGAUUUCCUAGCAGACAAAAGGUAUCUUAUUGUCAUAGAUGACAUAUGGGACAUAAAACAUUGGGAAGUGAUCCGAUGUGCUCUAGCUGAUAAUCAUUAUGAGAAUAGAGUAAUCACAACAACCCGUGAUCGCGACGUUGCACGUAAAGUUGGUGGCGCUUAUGAGCUUAAACCCCUCCCUGAUGAGACAUCCAAAAUAUUAUUCUUUGGAAGAAUUUUUGGUAUUAAUAAUGACUGUCCAGAUGAUUUGGUCGAAGUAUCUGAAACUCUCCUGAAGAAAUGUGGCGGUGUGCCAUUGGCUAUCAUCACCAUUGCUGGUUUAUUGGCCAGUCGGGAAGGGAAUAAAAGGGAGUGGAACAAGUUGUGUGAUUCUAUCGGUUCUGGACUUGACAACAGUCCUGAUGUGAAGAAGAUGAGAAAGAUAUUGGCCCUUAGCUAUCACCAUCUACCUAUCCAUCUAAAAACUUGCUUGCUGUAUCUGAGUAUAUUUCCUGAAGACUACAUUAUUCAAGGAGACAGAUUGAUAUGGAGGUGGAUAUGUGAAGGUUUUGUUAAUGGGGUACAAGAUGAGGACUUAUUUGAGCUUGGUGAGAGCUACCUCACGGAGCUCAUAAACAGAGGAUUGAUCCAAGCGGUGGACUCCUAUAUGUAUGUCAGGACAAUGGAUUGCCGUGUGCAUGACUUGGUUCUGGAAUUUAUCAGCUCCAUUUCUAUUGAAGAAAACUUUUGUACUGUAUUGCAUGAUAAGAAGGGCAAAUCAGCUGCGAUAACAAGCAAGGUCCGCAGGUUAUUUCUGCAGCUCCAGGACGCUGAGAUGCCUCAGGGGAGAUUGAUAUUGUCCCACAUGAGGUCACUUACUAUGUCGGGCUACUGGGCUGAUAAAAUGCCACCCCUCUCUUUUUUCCCUCGUUUACGUGUACUGGAUUUGGAGGGUUGCUAUCUUCUGGACCAACGCAAUAAAUUACUUGAGCAUGUCGGGAGUUUAUGCCAGUUGAGAUAUCUCGCGUUGGGACAUACAUACCUCGGUGAGCUCUUAUUGCCGAUCCAAAUUGGGCAGCUCAAAAAUCUGAUAUGCUUAAGAGGUGGCCAUCUCUUCAAUACCAAAUUCAGACCAGGUGUGGUUAGGGAACUGGAGUGUCUGCAAGAGUUGUCAAUGAUCAGUUUGUCUAAGUCACCGCACGUUGCCAAAGAGCUAAGGCAUUUGACUAAACUGAGGGUUCUUGGUAUCUCUUUCGAAGAUAUGCCUGACGAGAGCUUGAAGGGUUGGCUUUUGGAGUCUCUAGGUCACCUGAAGAAUUUGCAGAGCUUAAUUGUGAGAGGCAGCUUUGGUUUGGUAUCUUGGGAUUUCUUAGGGGAAGGCUGGACAUCCCCUCCUCGGAACCUCCGUAGAUUUGGUUCAUCAUUUGCAUCCUUCUCCUAUCUGCCGUCGUGGAUCAGCCCGUCAAAUCUUCGGGAGCUGUCCAUCAUAGAGAUCAGUCUGGACAACCUGCGGCAGGAGGAUCUUGACAUACUUGGUUCCUUUCCUUCUUUGCAAUCCCUCCGGCUGAGUGGCUACAAGAAUAUCUGGGAUGAAAAAAGGGAACAGUGGCCGGUGAUCAGUGCUGGUACUUUCCCGUGCCUGCGGGAGUGUCAGUUGGGGGUACUUCCCACGGGGGGAAAUAUGUUCGCACCAGGAGCAAUGCCCAAGGUACAAAGGCUUACAUUUGAUUGUUACAUCGAGGAUGUAUUUAGCUUGGGUUUGGCAAUCCUCCCAUCUCUCCGUGAUAGCUUGGGCUUGGAGAAUCUCCCUUCUCUCCAGGAUCUCCAUGUUUUCUUCAGCGAAUUCACCGAUGGGUCGGUCACCCGAGAAGCAAAUGACAAAGCGGAGGCUGCAAUUAGGUGUGCAGCAGACAACCAUCCCAACCGCCCCACCCUUCAGUUGCGCAGGACGUUCUAUCCAUCAUGGUGGAGCAACUCGGGCUCCCCAUAGUUUCCUUGUUGUAUGCAUGCAUGUCUUAGCUCUGAAAGUCUGAAGUGGAAAACUGUGUGUACCUAUAUAUACUCUCUUGAUUAAGCACUGUUUUUCUUCUACUGUACUAGCACAUUUUUUUUGUACCUAUUGUAGUAGAGACCUUUUACAGUAUAUCAGAUUAAUAUAGGCCGUUUAUUUUUGUGUU